UUCGCUCCCACGUCUCCUGCUUUCACUUCCAUUGUGAUGCUCCGGCUCACACUCAGAGUUUGGAGUUGGUACGAGUGUGAAGAAGGUAGCGAAAAAACAUAGAUUUUCUGUUGCUUGUACAACAUUUUAAUCUGCCUUUACAGCUCGAUGGAAAAUGCAUUAACCACCCGUUAAGUCUUUUUUGUUGGGAUCUGUUUCCAUGAAGAGACGAAAUCGAUCGGCAAAGUUGAGAAGUAGCCUACCCUCUUCUGAAGUUUUUCCAAGACCUGCAACGCGAAUUCCCAGUUUACUAUUCAACGACCCAGCCAUCAUGGCGAGGCGGGCACGGAAAGGAUCCGUGAUUUUAAGUCGAAAUACCCCGUCGCUUUGGAAUAGGUCUGCUCUACUUCACUGGGAUAACUCUGAAGUUGUUACAUGGAGCUUUGUGGUUGUCCUGAGUCUUUUAUGUUGUGGAUUUUGUGGUGCUGAAACGGAGUUUUCAAUCAUGGAUGAAGCACAAGUUUUGGCUGUACAAAUUAAGAAACUAUCCACACAGGAGCUAGGAGUCUUUACCAUGCAGAGAAUUUUUGAUUCCUUUGUGUACACCGAGAAGACUUCAAACGGAGAGACUGAGGUGCAGCAGCUGGCCAAGAAGAUCCGCGAGAAGUUUAACCGCUAUCUGGACGUGGUGAACAGGAACAAACAGGUGGUGGAAGCCUCGUACACGGCCCACCUCACGUCGCCACUCACCGCCAUUCAAGACUGCUGCGCCAUACCCCCGUCCAUGAUGGAGUUUGAUGGCAAUUUCAACACAAACGUCUCCAAGACCAUUUGCUGUGACCGUCUGUCGCCAACAGUCAGCAGCCGCGCAUUCAAUCCAGGACGAGACCUCAAUUCAGUUUUGGCAGACAACCUGAAAUCGAAUCCCGGCAUUAAGUGGCAAUACUUCAGCUCUGAAGAGGGAAUAUUCACCGUCUUCCCAGCCCACAAGUUCCUCUGCAAGGGCUCCUACGAACACCGCAGCAGGCCGGUGUAUGUAACAGCAGUCAGGCCACAGUCCAAGCACAUCGUGGUGAUCAUCGAUCACGGGGCGUCAGUGACGGAGACGCAGCUUCAGAUUGCACGAGACGCCGCCCUCGUCAUCCUCAAUGCCGUGGAUGAGCACGAUAAGAUCUCCAUCCUGACAGUGGCAGAUGCGGUGCGGUUCUGCACUCUGGACCAGUGCUAUAAGAGCUCCCUGUCGCCUGCCACCAGUGAGACGAAGAGGAAGAUGACCACCUUCAUCAGCAACGUGAAGGUCUCCGACAGCCCCACGCAGCACGCCGCCGGCUUCCAGAAGGCCUUCCAGCUCCUGCGCAACACCAGCAGCAUCAACAAACACCAAACCAACACAGACAUGGUGAUCAUCUAUCUGUCGUCGGGCCUGACGUCGCGGGAUGGAUCGGAGCAGGAGAAGAGGGCGACUCUCAGCAUGGUGAAGGAGGAGAAUCGCCACCUCAACAGAUCGGUGAUGAUCCUGACCUACGCCCUCAUGAAUGAGGGUGUGACGGGGCUGAAGGAGUUGGCGUUUCUGAGGGACUUGGCGGAGCAGAACUCCGUGAAGUACGGCUUUCCCGAUCGCUCCAGCCAGCCGGUGGUGAAGGGGAGCAUGAUGGUGCUGAACCAGCUGAGUAACCUGGAGACCAGCGUGGGCCGCUUCUACAUCAACCUGCCCAACCGCAUGAUCGACCGGGCCGCCUUCACCCUGCCCUACUCCGACCAGAUGGGGGACGGCUUCAUCAUGACGGUCAGCCGGCCGUGUUACUUUGGCAACCUGCUCCUGGGCGUGGUGGGGGUGGACGUGAACCUGGCCUACAUCCUGGAGGACGUCACCUACUACCAGGACUCCCUGGCCUCCUACACCUUCCUCAUUGACAACAAAGGAUACACACUCAUGCAUCCUUCACUGACCCGUCCCUACCUGAUGACAGAGGCACCGCUGCACACCGAUGUCACCCACUAUGAGAACAUCCCCGGCUUCUCUGCGGUGCGGCAGAACAUCCUCAGUUUACCUCUAGGCAGCCAGGUCAUCGCUGUGCCAGUCAACUCCUCACUGUCCUGGCACAUGAACCGUCUCCGAGACACCAGCAAAGAUGCCUACAACGUUAGCUAUGCGUGGAAACUGGUGCAGGACACCUCGUUCAUCCUGUGCAUAGUGUACGUCCAGCCGGAGAUCCCAGUCAAGCAUCUGAAGAACCUGAACACGGCGGCCAGCAGUAAGCUGCUCUACCACCGCUUGGACCUGCUGGGCCAGCCCAGCUCCUGCCUGCACUUCAAACAGCUGGCCACCGUCGAGUCUCCGACUGUGAUGUUGUCAGCAGGAAGUUUCUCUUCUCCCUAUGAGCACCUGAGUCAGCCUGAGACCAAGCGCAUGGUGGAGCACUACACCGCCUACCUCAGUGACAACACACGCCUGAUCGCCAACCCUGGACUCAAGUCUUCUGUCAGGAACGAGGUAAUGGCCACCAGUCACGUCACCGAUGAAUGGAUGACCCUGAUGGAGAUGAGCAGCCUCAACUGCUACAUUGUGCGCCGUUACAUAGCAACGCCCAAUGGGGUGCUGCGGAUUUACCCCGGCUCGCUCAUGGAUAAAGCUUUCGAUCCAACCAGGAGACAAUGGUACCUCCAUGCGGUGGCCAACCCUGGCCUCAUCACUUUCACUGGCCCUUACCUGGACAUCGGUGGAGCAGGAUACGUGGUCACCAUCAGCCACACCAUCCACGCCUCCAGGUAUGGACAUGCCUCCAUUUCAAAGACGGCUCCAGGCUCCGCUGUGGCAGUGAUGGGCAUUGACUUCACCCUCCGCUACUUCUACAAGGUGCUGCUGGACCUCCUCCCCAUCUGCAACCAGGACAAAGGCAACAAGAUCCGGUGUUUCAUCAUGGAGGACAGAGGUUACCUCGUGGCUCACCCCACCCUUAUUGACCCUAAAGGUCACGCCCCUGCAGAGCAGCAACACAUCACUCACAAGGAGCCUUUGGUUGCCAAUGAUAUCCUGAAUCACCCCAACUUUGUGAAGAAGAACCUGUGCAACAGCUUCAGUGACCGCACGGUGCAGCGCUUCUACAAGUUCAACACCAGCAUCGUGGGUGACCUUACUAAUCUGGUGCAUGGCAGCCACUGCUCUAAGUACAGGCUGACACGCAUCCCUGGCACCAACGCCUUCGCCGGCAUCGUCAACGAGACGUGCGACUCACUGGCCUUCUGUGCCUGCAGCACCGUGGACCGCCUCUGCCUCAACUGCCACAGGAUGGAGCAGAACGAGUGUGAAUGCCCGUGUGAGUGCCCCCUAGAGGUGAACGAGUGCACUGGCAACCUCACAAAUGCUGAGAACAGGAACCCAAGCUGUGAGGUGCACCAGGAGCCGUUGUCUCUGACUGUAAUCGAUCCCAGCCUGCAGGACACCCUGCCCCAGUGCAUCAACACGCGCUGCAGCCAGAGAUACACCAGCAGCGACUGCUUUGGUGUGCUGGAUUGUGAAUGGUGUAUGGUGGAGAGUGAUGGAAAGACCCACCUGGACAAGCCCUACUGUGCCCUGCAGAAGGAGUGCUUCGGGGGCAUAGUGGGGGCCAAGAGUCCCUAUGUGGACGGAAUGGGUCUAAUAGAUGAAGAGGUAGCAUCUCUCAACAUGAUCAAGAGCGCCCCUGUGGGGCCGGUGGCAGGGGGAAUCAUGGGAUGCAUCAUGGUGCUGGUGCUGGCGGUCUACGCGUACCGCCACCAGAUCCACCGGCGCUCCCACCAACACAUGUCCCCGCUGGCAGCUCAGGAGAUGUCUGUCAGGAUGUCCAACCUGGACAACGAGAGGGACGAGAGGGACGAGGACAGCCAUGAGGACCGAGGCAUAAUCAGCAACACUCGCUUCAUCGCUGCAGUCAUCGAGAGACACACACACAGCCCAGAGAGACGGAGGAGAUACUGGGGCCGCUCAGGAACCGAGAGUGACCACGGCUACAGCACCAUGAGUCCCCAGGAAGACAGUGAGAACCCUCCCUGCAACAACGACCCCCUCUCAGCUGGCGUGGACGUGGGUAACCAUGACGAUGACCUGGACCUGGACACGCCCCCUCAGACAGCAGCAUUGCUCAGCCACAAGUUCCACCCGUACCGCUACCCGCACCACCACCCGCUCCACACGCACACACACACGCACCACCUGCAGGCCGCGGUCACCGUGCACAGCGUGGAUGCCGAGUGCUGAUCCAGGCGCCGCCCCCGCUCCCCGCUCCCCCGACUCCUACUCCCACUCCCCCCCCACACUAUCUUGAGACAGCCACUCACCACUGCAACCCCCUCAGCAUCCAUCCAAACGCCAUCAGCCCUCCAGCACCAGGUGAUUGAUGCCUUGGGAGGUGAGAGGAGGCUGGGCAAGGGAGAGCAGCGGCUCCCCUUCUCUGUUCAGUCCGCGCAGCUGUUGCCUUUUCCUUUUUCAGAGGAGAGAAGUCAUGACUAGAGACUCGUCCGCGAGGAGAGGAGGGUGUUUUGGUGGCGGGGGUUGCUGGCUGUGAACUUGUUUAAAAUUUGUACACAUACGCAUACUCAGAUUUUUAAAGACUUCUAGAAAAAAAAAAAAAAAUAGAACAUAAGAGGAUUAUUUUUCUACUAUUUAUUUCAUUGGAAAUAGGACUGAGAUGAGUUCAUUGGAUGAACGGACACAGACUCACAGGGCCUGAGCAGAUCGACCUGACCUGAGGACUGAUCUAGACUCUAAACAGGUUGCUGCUGCUUGUGUCGGACAAAGCUCAUCUGCCCGUGAGCAUGAUGGAGGGAGAGAGAGAGAGGGGGGGGGGGGGGGGGGGGGAACUC